GGCGGGGCUUGGCUCGGUGGGCGUGGCCCCCGCUCCCGCUCCGGUCGCCCGUGGAGACACCGGGAGCGGCGCUCGGAUCAUUACACCGAUAAAAUCAAGGCAAGCUGGACAGGGAGCAGGUCUGCCUAUGUAGAGCCUCCCUGCCCCUCUGAAAAUGUCAGGCAAAACAGCCACCACGAGCAACAACAUCGCCCAGGCCCGCAGGACCGUGCAGCAGCUGCGCAUCGAGGCCUCCAUCGAGAGGAUAAAGGUGUCCAAGGCCUCGGCUGACCUGAUGCUGUACUGUGAGGAGCACGCCAAGAAGGAUCCCCUGCUGAUGGGCAUCCCAGCCUCCGAGAACCCCUUCAAGGACAAGAAAACCUGCAUUUUGUUAUAGGGCAGGCAGGGGCAGCCCCUCCUGCCCAGCCCCUGGGCCAAGCACCACCGCUCCCCCAGGUACCUGCACCCCGUGGGCACCCCCUGAGCUCCCCAAGGCAUUCCUGCUGCCCCUGUCCCCCUUAGGAGCUUUCUGCCUCUCUGUCCUGGCCAAGGGAGUGGGCUCCAGGGUCUCUGCACUGCACGGGGGGUCCUGGUGGCAUUUGCCAACUCCAGCACGACCAAAGUUGCCUGAGCUUUGCAGACAAAGCAGAGCUGUGGAGACCUGAUGGAAUCACUGGGUUUACAUUUUAUAAAAUUGUGGAUUUUUUUUUUUUUU